AUGUCUGUGUCUUUUGCUGAACUAAAGCAAAAAGCGAAUACUCCGCUCGAUCCUAAUGCUGCGAAUGUAGAAGCAUGGACUAAGAAAGCCGAGAGUUUACUCAGUGGGGCACAGUUAGCUAAUAAAGAGGGUGACCUUGAGAACGCGUAUGUAAAAUAUAUACAAGGUUUAAGAAUAGUCCUUGAAAUCAUACCUAAAACACCCGGGUUUUCCAAGCUGAAAAAGGAGGAUUCAUCAUAUAUUAACUACAAAGCAGUGGAACGAAUUGCCAAAGCUGCAUUAGAUAACGCAGAGUCAAUUGCACUAACAUUAGAUGCGAGAGACAACCGAGCGAAAAUGCCUGAGCCACAGCCAGUCAUUUCGCCUCCAGCAGACAUUCGGCGGCCAAUAACUGCUACAUCUCCAACGAAACCAUUUGCGUUGCCACAAACAAAGCCAUUUGCAGAUCAACCCCCCAAGUCCCCAGUAUAUAUCGCCGCUAAUCAGAAUGUCGGCAGUUUUAUAACCACAAAUGGCAGCGCAGGCGUUCCGUUAUCGAUGCCGCAACCGAUGCCUCAACCCAUGCCUCAACCCAUGAAAUUAUCAGAACAGGAAAUGGUAAACGCGAUGGCUGGCCUUGUGCCCAAGGCUACUAUUCUCGCAACCGAGCUUGAUGGAUUUCUCAGUUCACCAGACAAAGUGCGUGUUUUGAUUGUCGAUAUUCGGGUAAGAAGUGCAUUUGCUCGAGGGCAUAUUAAAGCAAAGGACGUUGUCUGCAUUGAACCAAUGAUUUUAAUCGAUAGUAUUUCUUCUCUCGAUUUAGAAGAAAACAGGCUUAUCCUUUCUCCACCAGAAGAACGCCAUAAUUUCAAAAUGCGGCAUACUUAUGAUUUGCUCGUGUAUUACGACCAAGACUCUGCCACUCCACCAGAUGUGACACGUACUAGUAUUUCUACAAAAGGAGAAUUCCCCAACGCACUAAGAAAUUUCUUGUUGGCUAUAGGGACGGAGAAAAACUUACACAGACCUCCUGCACUUCUUGUGGGUGGAUUUGAAGCAUGGUAUCGAUUGAAAGGCGAUGCUGGGGUAGCAAGUGAUGGUUCGAAUGAGAAUGAUAGACCAGGUCUUGUUAGAACAUCUAGCCAAGAUAGAACCAAACGAAAUGGCAUGGUAAUACACGAUGAGUUAGUUCAGAGCCUUGCUAAUGGGUCAGUUGGCAAUCCACUUCAACGUCACGGUGCCAUUGGACGUGGACGUUCCGGUUACAAUAAGAGCUACAUGGAUUUCUUCCAAGGAAACCGUAGUCCACUUAUGCAAUCAAUGAUAGGUCUCAAUACACAAGUUUCUAUUGCAGGCGCAUAUCCCACAUCCCAAAUUCCUGCAUACAACAUGCCUUUUCCUCAACCCCAACAUACUGGCGCUACUGUAUUUAGUACAAGUCCCGUAUCAUCAUCUACUUCCGGAAUAGGCCAGAUGACAAGCGUACCAGCGCGCCCUUCGAAUGAUGUUACAUUACGAAGACGACAGACCAUGACAAAAAUGUUUGAUCAUCCAUUCUAUGGAUUUACGGAAGUUGUUGACCCUGAAUUGGCUAUACCGAGACCCACUCGACCGUUGCCCAAGCCACCUACGUCAUUUCAAAUGCCCGUGUCGUCUUGGAUAACGCAGACAGGAUUAUCCAAUCUUGGUAAUACGUGUUAUCAGAACGCGGUAAUACAAGUGUUCAGAUGUACUCGUCCAUUUACGAUGUAUUUCAUAGAGCGUCUCUACAAGAAGGAUAAGCGAAAGGUGCGUGAAAAGAGACAAUGGAAUGCCUUUGGUAGCGACAAGGAUUUAGAUGAUGCGUUUGCAGAUCUGUUAAUACAAAUGCGCAGAGGAGGCGAAGCAUUUCAUCGUCCAAAGGAAUUCAGAGAGGCCAUAUCUCGGGAAGCACGCGCAUCAGGAAUGGAUGAGUAUGCAACCAGCGAUCAACAGGAUGCACAACUGUUUUUGACAUGGUUUUUAAGUAGACUGGAGGCUUACCUUAAAAGAGACCCUGAUCCAACAGAACUUGCAAAGAUUGAUGUAUUAGAGAAGAAAAGGAGUUUUUUAUCCGAAGACGAGAUAAGUAAUUUGGAAUGGAGAAAAUAUUAUCAGAACAACAGAUCUAUCUUUGUUGGAAUACUUGGAUUUAUAAUGAAGAGCAGAGUAGAAUGCGUUGGCUGUCGCUCUUCAUCUAUCACAUACGAAGCGUACUUGAACAUAUCUGUUCCGAUUCCUGUUCCGAGUGGACCGAACAGAAUGCAAAUGGUUACAUUGGAUCAAUGUAUGCGUGCAUUUACCGACGAAGAGAUACUACAGGGUAGCGAUGCAUGGAAUUGCAACAAGUGUCCAGCCGAAAGACGUAUAUCUAAGAAAAUAUAUGCAUUUUCAUCGAUGCCCAAUAUUUUGGUCAUACAAUUAAAAAAAUACUACUAUCGAAAGACAUUCGAAGCUGGAAGACUGAACGUAAUGGUUGACUUUCCCCUUGAGGGUUUUGAUUUGUCACCCUAUGUUAUUCCUGGAUAUUUGAAAGGCACAGGGUCUACUCGAUAUAAUCUAUACGCUGUGAUUAAUCAUGAAGGACGAACAGUCACUGAAGGCCAUUACACUGCAAAUAUCUAUGAUCGAGGGCGUGCAGUAUGGUAUAAAUUUGACGACACUUCUGUCAGACAGUUGAGCGUUCAAGAUGUGAAAAAGAUGGGAGACCUCGCAUAUAUUCUGUUUUACGUGAGAGACCAAGUAGAAAUGACGGAAGAUGGUCAAUUCUAA